GGUAUUUAUGUUUUUACUUAGCCGGGUAUGUGACCAGAGCUCGGUUUGUUAUCAUUCAGCACAGGUUUGUCCGUUAUUAGCCUGUUAGCGUGUAUUUGUUUUCCCACUGCUGUUGAGCACGCACCGUGUCUGCGCACGUUUAAACACGGUUCCUGAACCAUCACAGUGAACAUGUUAUCAGUUAGUGAUGGUGAAUGUUAGUAAGAAUUAAAUGGAGGUGAUGUUUAGAACGCGCUAUGUUUGCAGUUUUGUACGCAGGGCAUUGUGUGUAACCGCUGAAGAAAUGGGCAAGAAAGGAAACUUCUUUUACGCUGUGAGGAAAGGACACAAGCCCGGUGUGUUCCAGACAUGGGAUGAAUGCAAAUUUCAAGUGGAUAAAUUUGCUGGUGCACGUUAUAAAAAGUUCGCCUCUGAAGAGGAAGCUUGGGCCUUUGUGCGUAACGAGACAGAAGCUUGUAUUGCCCCACCACUUCCUGUAAAUGUACCCACUGGUAGUAAAAGACCCAUUGAUGAGGAUCCCAGUGAAGGAGAACAUGUUAAACGAGUCAAACUAGCUACAGAACUGUCACACCAAAAACCCUCUGCUUCAGUGGGUAGUGAUGGAUUCACUUACAUGGGUGAUGCGGUGGUGGUGUAUACAGAUGGCUGCUGUUCCAGAAAUGGGAAAACUGGAGCUCGUGCAGGGAUUGGAGUGUACUGGGGUCCUAAUCACCCUCUAAAUGUUGCAGAGAGGUUGUCAGGGAGACAGACAAACCAACGAGCUGAAUUACAGGCAGCCUGUAAGGCACUGGAGCAGUCAAGAGAUCAAAAUAUCAAAAAGCUUGUCCUCUACACAGACAGCAAAUUCACCAUUAACGGUAUCACAAGCUGGGUAAAAAAUUGGAAGAUCAAUGGCUGGAGGCUCAAAACAGGUGGAGAGGUGGUUAAUAAAGAAGACUUCCAAAGGCUUGAUGAACUGAAUGAAGAAUGUGAGGUCAUAUGGAUGCAUAUCCCAGGCCAUGCUGGCUAUUCAGGCAAUGAAGAGGCAGACAGACUCUCCAGAGAGGGAGCAGCAAAACCUUACUGGGAAUCGUUCUCACAUUACUGAGCUUUAUUGUAGUGUUGUUACACCAUUGUGAAAAUGAAGCUUAUGCACUUUUCUUUUUACUCUGAUGAACGACAGGACGAAGUUUAGGUUUAUAACAUUUCUGUGUAAUCAGUGUUGCACAUUUUACUUUUAAUUUGUUUAAUUUUUGUAAAUAUACUAAUAAAGCUGAUAUGCUGAUGGCUCUUACUGACUUAACAGGUGUGUUAUUAGAAAUGUUAGACCGUACGUCAUCUUUGUAGUCCCUGUUGGGUAGUGAUAGCUUAAUAGUUAGUGUGGACUAAUGGUCAGAAUGUUGCUUGUUCAGGCUCCAUGCUGCCAGCUUGCCACUGUUGGGCCCAUAAUAGAGGCCCUGAACCCUUGCACUGUAUACUGUCACAUUUGCUAGUCGCUUUGACUGAAAGCGUCUGCUAAAAGCCUUGAAUGUAAAUAAAUGAGGUAUGCAAUCUGACUUUAGCAUAUGAACCUACUGUAAUACCAACUCAGGCCAACAGAUGGCGCUACAGUAUUAAGACUGGCGUGCUAUAACUGUGGUUCAAGAAUCUAGCAUAAUGUGAUUUGUUGUGGAGGGAAUACAAAUAGUCAAAGGCCAAAAUAAAAAGGUUUAUUUAUG